UAACGAAGCCUGGAGAUAUAUGGGUGGCUUUGCAAAACCUGUCACCUUAGCAGAAGUCUUUACCAGGGGACUCAAGUGGGGAUUUGCAGCUUUCGUCGUAGCUCUUGGCAUUGAAUAUACCCUGUUUCCUCCAAAGAAGGGUGGAGGCCAUCACUGA